UACCAUAGAAGAAGACAAAAAUGUUUGGCAAAAUAUGUAAACAAAAACGACUGUUAAAGAUGCUGCUGCUCGGAAUGACGUUAAAUACUGGAUAUUUGUGCUUAAUAUUUUUCAUGACAGCCAGCGAAUAAGGGUCUUCAACAUGUCUUCUCUAGCUGGUCCCACUUCUCAGCUAUGGAGCUUUGUUGACAUGCUGGGCCAGAGAAGGCUGUUGGGUGUUGGAGCUUUCUUGGCCUGGAUGGUCUUGUUCCAUUUGCUGGUGAAUGUGUGGCUACUGUGUAUAUUCACAAGUUUCCUAGUUGUAUUGGGUGCCUGGCUUGGAUCUCAGGUGAUCCUUAGUUCAAACAGAGUUGUUCAUCUGGAGCGGUUCGUCACCAUCGAGAGGGUUUCCUCCUCAGAGGAAAGCGAGCGGCUGCUUGACCAUGAGAUCGAAAACACUGUUUGCAAGAUCAUCCGAGACUUUGUGUCAUCUUGGUACUGCACCGUGUCCCCAGAGCAUGAGUUUGAGGACGAGGUGCAGAGAGCAAUGAUCUCCAUGGCAAUGGAGCUGAAGCUUCGAAGCAAGAGGGUGGACACAAAAGCCUUAACACAGAGGGUCUUGGACCUGAUUGCAUGUCACCUUCAAAGCUACAUGAGGGCAAAAAAAAAUAUGGUGGAGACACAAAAGCAGCAAGAUGGCACCUCCCAAGACAAUAUCUGGAAACUUUACUCCAAUGAGAACCCACCUCACCCAGCUCUUAAGAGUUCUGCCGCUGAAGUGAAUUACGCCAGGGCAAUUGUGGACUUGCUGUUGCAUGUACUUGUUCCAUCGCCCCAUCUUGAGACGCGAACAGGAAGAUUUGUGGUGGGGGAGCUCAUCACCUGCAACGUCCUCUUGCCCCUCAUCACAAAACUCUCAGACCCUGACUGGCUCAACAUGAUGAUUGUGGAAAUCUUCGCUAAGUCUGUCAACCCGGUCCCAAAGCCCACCAGUCCCCUGGAAAUCCUGCCAGUUGAAAUGCCCCCAGAAACACCCUCGCAGGAGACCGAGGUGCCUCCUCUCCUGAAAGUGCCGGACAAUCUGGAUGGCUCCGGUAAAGCGGAUCUCCUCACCGCUAAGAUGCCUGCUGUAGAAAUCCUGGACUUGGCAGAGAACGGCUCUCACCUCGACACAGACGAGAACCCUUCAAAGCAAGUGAAUGAGUGCACUGCAGGACCCUCUCCCGUUGUACGGCGGCCAAUGGACUUGCUGAGACCCGGCAAGUCCAACCCCUUCUAUCAGGAGAAUGACUCUGACCUCGACUCCCCUCUCACUGGGCUCAAGAAUAGCUCCACGGAGUCCCUCCUCCUCCUCAGUCCAAUGUACGACCUCACAGACAAGACGAAAGACGACGCCUUUAUGGUGGACAGCAUCACAGACCUGGAGGACGACCUACCUGAGUUCUCGGGCAUGACGGAGCUGUCCUGCCCUAAGGUUCUGGUCUCAGAGGGGCCCAGGGCCUCCGUGUCAGAUGUGGGGAGGACUGAAGAAACGUCCAGCUUCUGCAGCCUCCACGAGCUGGGGGAAAAGAGCAUGCUGGGCGUGGAUCAGCAGCAGGCAGAAGGGGUGGGGGUGGCGCCGUGCCCCAACGAGCUGUCCGUGACCAUGCCUCUGCUGGCCUCCUCACCCACUGCAGGGAUGAUGCCGCUGGGUUCUUUCAGCUUUGACCCGCUCAGCAGCCCCGAAGGCCCAAUCAUCAUCCAGAACCUCCGCAUCACCGGGACCAUCACAGCCAAGGAGCACAGAGGCACUGGCUCCCAUCCUUACACGCUGUACACUGUGAAAUAUGAAACUGCGCUGGACUCAGACAACCCAUGCAUUGUGCAGCCUGUGGCUUAUCACAUGGUGAACCGCAGGUACAGCGAAUUUCUGAACCUGCAAACCCGCUUGGAAGAGAAACCAGAGUUCCGCAAGAUCAUUAAAAAUGUUAAAGGGCCAAAGAAGAUCUUUCCAGAUUUACCGUUUGGAAACAUGGACAAUGAUAGAGUUGAAGCCAGGAAAAGUUUGCUCGAAAAUUUUGUUAAGCAACUCUGUGCCAUCCCAGAAACUGCCAAUAGUGAUGAAAUGCAAGAGUUUCUCGCACUUAACACAGAUGCAAGGAUUGCCUUUGUGAAGAAGCCCUUCAUUGUGUCACGUAUAGACAAGAUAGUGAUGAACGCCAUAGUGGAGACUCUGAAGACGGCAUUCCCUCGGUCAGAGCCGCCGAGUCCCACGGACGACCUUGAGGCGGAGACAGACGGCAAACUGUUAUCCGACAAGAAAUCGAAGUCUCGACUGAGGUUCUCCAGUAAAACGGCUCCUGCUCUGAUAGUCACAGAUAUCAUGCCCAAAGUGAUGUACUGCUUCGAUGAGGGAAGCACGGUGUUCAACAGUCUCUCUAUGGAUGGACUGGAGACCUUCAUUGAGGAAAGGGAGGACCUUGUGGGGAAGACUUGUUGUCAGGAGCCCGGAACUAAGGGGGAGGGAGGCCUUAAAAUGAAGAUAGAGGGACAGGACAGUGAACGUCCCACAACUCCCAGUUCAACAGCAGUGUUGGAGACGACAGCAGCUGACGUGGCCCUCAACCUGUUGUGUAUGCUGCUGAGGGAGCAGUGGACCUGGCUGUGUACAGAGAACGUCCAGAAAACCAUCAGGCUUCUCUUUGGCACCCUCAUCGACAGGUGGCUGGAGGUGAAGGUGUGUAAUCUGACCUGCACCCAGUACUGGGUGACGUACCUGAGGGUGCUGCAGGAGGCAGUGUGGCCCGGGGGCCGCCUCCCUCUCCUGCCCCGGCCCCAGCGCAGCCCCCAGGAGAAAGAGGACACCCGGCAGCGGUCCCUGCACUGCCUCAUGAAGCUGCUCCCAGACUUGGUGUCUGACCUACUGGGCUCUGAGAAGUACAGGCUCUCGUGGCAGACGGUGCUGGACUCUCUGCAGGAUCCGCAUAUAAACAGGCACCUGGUCUACUCCAUAUGGGACCUGCUGCUGGAGAUCCUCAUUCCUGAGGCGUCCGACGAGGCUUUCCAGAAAUCUCUAUUGCACAGCCUCUCCAAAAACGCAGACAAGAUCCUGCCAUGAUGAGCACUCAGGAUUUCUCACACACACACACACACACACACACACACACACACACACACAAACACACACACACGCACACGCACACGCACACACGCACACACGCACAUGCACGAACUCACACCACACGUUUCUGUCCAGUGUAAUUUCACUCACAAGGGUCUCUUUCUGUCUCACAGUGUGCUGAUGUCUGUCAAGAGCAGAUGUGCUUUUUCCCUAAAUGUGCUUUUAGUUGGAGCCCCGAGGCUAUAGAUUGAGGGCGGUACCAUGGUGACGACCAUGCCUGUACGUUUCAGAGUAUUUCUGAAGUUAGCAUCAGUGCUAGCACGCUCAGACUCUCCCAUCCAUGUCUCUGACUGCCUGAUCCCUCAACUAUGAGCAAAUACACUCGACAAUGUCAUUUGAGAAUUAGGACACUUAAGACCAAACGUUAUAUGAGAAUUCCAGAAUCACAGUUUUUUGGUGGGCUAUUCUACUUCUAUUCACUGAUUUAUCAAGAUUUACAAGAGCCUUAUUUGAAACAUUUUCGGAACAGGGGUCACAGCGUUUUGACAAUUAAACAUCACUAAGAGUAUAAACCUUAACAUACAUCUCAAGCAUCUUAACAUACAUCUCUAAUGCUUAAUUUCAUUGUGACAGUGUGUCAUGUUGCACCUUACAAUGAAAUGUUUUACAGCCUUUUAUAACUUUCCUUUUAAAUACACAGCAAGCUGUUAUUUUUUGAUUAGGUAUCUCAGCACUGAUUGCCAUUAACACAGACCUUAAAAGAGAUGGGCCAAAACUUGUGUAAAACAGGAAAGAAAUAUGUCUUAAUUUCCUGAUAAUCCCUCUUGCUGUGUCGUAUUUUUUGUAUUUAUUAACUGUUGUGUAUUUAUUUGUGCCACUGUAAAUGUUAAUAAUGAGAAUAAAUAAUUGUUACUCCAGCGCAGGAGAUGCCUUAAUGUAUUGAUGAAGCGGCCAUGCCAGUCUGUUGGGUACAAAGUACACAUGACCAAAAGUUACAGAGGUUGUCUUUGAAAGCAGAAGUGAUGAAUGGAUUCCCUACUGUGAAAGUGCAUUGAUGGCAAUGUACUCGGUGUAUUGUGUUAUUCAUGCCUUAUAUCGAUCACUAUCACUGUAGCCUAUUCUGUCUGUCCACUGUUGAUAUUAAUAAUAUCAAUGUUAUUUUUGGCUUUUGUUUUUAUUGGCAAACUUGUCACCACAAUUGCACUUUUUUUUUUUCUUUAAUUAAGCAUUCCAGAAAUUUCUCAGCUCUAACACAGUGUAGUUUGUCAUUUUCAUGGUGUUGUAAAAUGGCAGUUUAAAUGAUGAGCACUGUAUUGUUCGUGCUUUAAUUGUAUGAGUUCUGUGUGUGUCAGUGACUUUUUGUUGCCGGUUCAUUUGUCUUUUUACUUAAGGAAUAAAAUUGCAAGAGCUGCUUAAUUACAAA